AUACCUAAUUCGUUAUCAAAUCUUCCAUGGCACGGUUGCCACGUUUACAAUACAUCAGCUGUUCAACUCGAGCAGGUUUGUAGAUAAGUGGGAAGUUAUAAUUUUCAAUAGUUCAUCAUGCAUGAUGAACUAGUGAAUAUGUCAAAAAUCAAGGAAAACGAAAAGUUCAUUUGUUUGGAUAUAGGAACUACAACGUUGAGAUGUUUAAUCAUCGAUUCUGAUAGGAAAAUACUUGGUUCAUCGUUCAGAAAGGUACAAUUGGUUUAUCCUGAAGAGGGACAUGUAGAAAUUGAUCCAAGUUGGUUAUGGGAAAAUGUGGUUGGAGUUGUGAAUAGUUCAUUAAUUGAUGCUAAUAUUACUUCAGCUGAUGUGAAAUCUUUGGGAAUAUGCACUCAGAGAGGUACAUUUUUAACAUGGAGAAAAGAUACUGGGAAGCAUUUCCAUAACUUCAUUACCUGGAAAGACGUGAGAAGUAGGGGUCUUAUAGAGGAUUGGAAUGAAAGUGUCAUAUUGAAGACUAUACGCUUAGCUUCCCGUCUGCUCUAUCUGGUGACAAGGAACGGAAGAUAUCAGGCAGGAAGCAAAUUGAAAAUGGCUUGUAGUCAUGCAUCUUCCCGUCUCCUAUGGGUACUCGAAAACAUUCCAAAUAUCAAAGAAGAAAUAGAAAAAGACAAUGUUAUGUUUGGCACCUUGGACACUUGGUUGAUAUACAAAUUAACCAAAAAUAAAACCUUUGUUACUGAUAUUAGCAAUGCAAGUGCCACUGGUUUCUUCGAUCCUUUCACUUUGGGUUGGGGCUCUUGGGCUAUCAAUAUUCUGAAAAUACCUAGAAAUAUAUUGCCCCCUAUUGUGGAUAAUGAUUACAACUUCGGAACGACAGAUGUGUUUGGGAGCCCCAUUGAAAUUUCAACUGUGUUGGCCGAUCAGAGUGCAGCUAUGCUAGGAUCAUACUGUUUCAACAAGAAUGAUUUGAAGGUAACAAUUGGAACAGGCGCGUUUAUAAAUGAGAAUACCGGAGAAGGUAUAAAUUGUCAUUUAGAUGGGAUGUAUCCUCUAGUUGGAUGGAAAUUUAAAGGAAAAUUGACGUAUAUCAACGAAGCACCUUGCUCCGAUGGGGGCUCUCUAAUUGAGUGGUUGAAAGUUGCAGGAUACAUUGAAGGAAUAUCUGACCUUAAAAAAAUAAUUGAUGAGGCUGUUAUUACAGAUGAUCUAUUCUUUGUUCCUGCUUUCAGUGGCCUCGGGCCUCCAAUCAACGAUGCUAAAGCAGCUACAGGUUUUAUUGGGAUUCAGCCAACAACAACAAGGAAUAAAAUGGUUGUAGCUAUCUUGGAAAGUAUAGUAUUCAGAGUUGCAUUAGCCUUUCAAUCACUGAAAACCAGUUCGAAUUAUGAUUUCAAGAAAAUAUGUAUAGACGGGGGAGUCUCGAAAAAUGAUUUUAUCUGUCAACAAAUAGCCAAUGCGACAGGCCUUGAGGUUGAAAAGGCAGAGUUUGAAGAAAUCGCAGCGUUGGGCAUUCUAUUUGCAUGUGGCUUAUGUCAAGGGCUAUGGUCUGACAUGACCAAAUUGAAAAGAUCUAAGAUUGUCGAGAAAGUAUACAAAGCUGAUUUUAAUUCCGCCCGAUGUGAAGAAAAGAUGAUUAAAUGGAGAAAAGCUGCUGAAAGAUUCAGAUCUUGGUACAAAUGAUUGCUGUGGCCUGUGCAACCAAUACCACUUGACAUUCCAAUUACUGCUGUCGCAUAAACAUAGCCCUAGGAAUAAGUUUUUAAUUAUGCCAGAUCAAUAAUUGUCAUCCAGAGUCUAUUUCUGCAGGCCUGAUGAAGUAAGCAAAAUUGUCCAAUGUAGGGAAAUAGGCAAUGAGCCAUCUUGAGCAGUAUAUCAACACAGCACCGAAAAUCAAAUAAUGACAGUCUGUCAACCAAGUGUGAGCUCCGCAUCUUCACAAAACCCUGCCAACUAGGCAUCAAGUUUAAUACCUUUUAUUACACUACACUGUAUUCAGGGUAUGGUGACAGACCCCUAACCAUUGAAUUCAAUGCCUCUAACUAGGCAGCCGAUUAUUACACUAGCCUGUCUGCCGGGCCGGGCGAUAUAACUCAUGGAGAAAGGGAGAUGUCUCUGACAUAAGCAUUAUUUUUCGAUAUUCCUAUCAAUCUUGCGCAGUAAUUUAUAUCGAAAUAUUUAAGAUUACUGGUGUUGCCUUCUUCGAAAUUGUAUCCAACAAAACUUUGCAACCUUCUAGCUUCAUUUCUUUCUUCCUGUUAUGUUUAUGAUCUUUUUUGUCUUAUUCAUAAAUUUCAAUGCAAAAUGCCAAAACCAACAAUGUUGAUGUUGUGCGUACGUUUCGAUGCGGAAUUAGACCGAUGUUCAUCCUAUCGGCGAAAUUCUGGGGCUGAAUGCUACUGCAAUGCCCGGUAUUGAUAUAGUUAGGAACCCUGAGCCGCCUUGGACGUUCGAAAUCCCUAAUUCUUAUUGCGUCACACUGAUUCAGGAUUAAAGAACCUGAAUACCGUGUAGUGUAAUAGACGCAACCGGGAUGGUACAAAUGGAAAGGUAUAAUUAUUAUCAAGAAUCGUAGAUGUAAUAUUUACAUAUACAUUGAGUAGUGGUGAUCCUAGUGUGAAAUGUAUUUUCGUAUAAAUGUUUUUUUAAAAUAUAUUAUACUUUUCAAUA